AUGUCAAACAAUUCAUCAAGUUGUUCAUGUCCUUCUUCUUCUUCAGUAAAAGAAUUUACUUCAUCUACUUUACAAAAUAAAUUAUUAAAACAAAAAGAAAAUACUAAAACAGCAUUACUAACAGCAUUUGUUAUUGGUGUAUUAAAUUGGGUUGGAUGUACAGUAAUUAUUCAUAAAAGAAAAAGGACAGCAACUAAAUCAAUGCAGUAUUUUGAUGUUGCAGAAAUUCGUGGUCCAAUAACAGUAACAUCAAAUGAUAUUGAUAAGAUUGUAGAAGAAUUUGAAAAAAAUCAAGCAGCAUCAUCUUCAACUGUUCUUUCUGACCCUUCACCAAAAGAUAUUACACGAAUUUCUUUUCGUCAUAAAGCAAAAAGUGCACGAUGUGCUAUGUUUAAUGAAAUGAUGAAAGUAGCAAAACAAAUUGGAAAAAAUGAAGUUUCAUUUGAAGUAGUAAAUUCAAAACGAACAUUAUUAACAAUUAAAAAAUUAGGAUUUAAUUCUGUUAAAUUAGCAGGAAAAACUUUAAACAAAGAAUUAAUUAAUUCUAUAGCACUUUUAUUACAUAAUACUUUAUGUAACUUUGUUGAUAACUUUAGAGAACUAAAACUAAUUGACAAACAUACUAGAGAAGUUGUUGUUCUAAACCCACACUUUCCUUUACUAGAAGACAUUUUUUCUAGUUUUGGUGUUCCUUAUUUUCAUGAAACACGAGAAAUAAGAGAACUUCGUAAGUCAGAAUUGUUAAACUUCAUUGACAGUCCACCAGCAUCAAGUUCUUUUUCAAGGAAAAAACAAAAUAAAAUAAAUGAAGAGUCUUUUCAAAAAUCAAUCAAAACAGAUGAAUUUCUAAAAACAAAUGCAGCUCCAAUUCCUUCUUCUUUAAAGACAAAGCCUAUAAGGAAAUAUUGGUUAUUAACUGAUGUUUUACUUCAUGAACAAGUUUAUAAUAUAUAA